AUGGAAAUGAAGGGGCUGACUGGCGGUAGUCAGAAGCACGGAGGCAGACCAAUCCAUUGGGUGAAGCCUGUCUCUUACGCCUUUCCAACAACGGGGAGUCUCCCAAACGAGAGACCCCCGGAAAAUCUAAGGAGCUCUUUAUUCUUCUACACACACCUUGACACGUACGUAAAUUGUGUGCCGAAGGUGGAAAGUGGAACAGCCACCGAGGGACCGAGACUGGUCAGUUCCGACGGGGCUCCUAUGACGAAGAUCCGCUUUGGCUUAGGAAUGGACAGACCCGCUACGGAGGAGCAGGAAUUUCAGGGCGGCGGCGUCAGGAUCCGCGUCUCCGCGUCGGGAAAUUGUUUUCGGGAAAAUGAUAGAAACUCUCGUGAUGUCAUUCGGGGCCGAGCGGGAACAUUAAUAGCCUUCGGUUGUUCGAGCAAGCUUGUUAACCAAACCCCCUAG